GCCCGGGCCGGCGCGCCCCGCCCUGGCUCCCCCGGGAGGCCGGCCGCGGGGCGGGGGCAGGGGCGGGGAGGCGCGGGGGAGUGGUCAGGCCGGUUAAGAUCGGAGGGGGCGGCGGCCGGACCGCUCACUCGCCGCAGCUGUCUGGGGGCCUCAGUCUCCGCACCGCUCCUUCUUGGGGCUGCCCAAGCCAACCACCUGCCUCAGUCACCUCCUCUUCCAAAGCCCAGCUUCCCCUGGCCAGAACAUCCCCUAAGAUGGCAGAGGAGGGCAGCAGUACCAAGGACUCUGAGUCCUUCAGCGUGCUCAACUGGGAUCAGGUUAGCCGGCUGCAUGAAGUCCUGACUGAGGUCGUACCCAUCCAUGGACGAGGCAACUUUCCAACCUUGGAGAUAACCCUGAAGGACAUUGUCCAAACUGUCCGAAGCCGGCUGGAGGAGGCAGGCAUCAAAGUGCAGGACGUCCGGCUGAACGGCUCUGCAGCUGGCCAUGUUUUGGUCAAAGACAAUGGCUUGGGUUGCAAAGAUCUGGAUCUGAUCUUUCACGUGGCUCUUCCCACAGAGGCAGAAUUUCAGCUGGUGAGAGAUGUGGUUCUGUGCUCCCUUCUGAACUUUCUGCCAGAGGGCGUGAAUAAGCUCAAAAUCAGCCCGGUCACCCUGAAGGAGGCGUACGUGCAGAAGCUGGUGAAGGUUUGCACAGACACAGACCGCUGGAGCCUGAUUUCCCUCUCCAACAAGAACGGGAGGAACGUGGAACUCAAGUUUGUCGACUCCAUCCGGCGUCAGUUUGAGUUCAGCGUGGACUCUUUCCAGAUCAUCCUAGAUUCUUUGCUCUUUUUCUAUGACUGCUCCAGUAAUCCCAUCUCCGAGCAUUUCCACCCCACAGUGAUCGGGGAGAGUAUGUACGGGGAUUUUGAGGAAGCCUUUGACCAUCUUCAGAACAGGUUGAUCGCCACCAAGAACCCUGAAGAAAUCCGAGGUGGGGGUCUCCUUAAGUACAGCAACCUUCUUGUGCGGGACUUCAGGCCUGCGGACCAGGAGGAGAUCAAGACUCUGGAGCGUUACAUGUGCUCCAGGUUUUUCAUCGACUUCCCCGACAUCCUGGAACAGCAGAGGAAGCUGGAGACCUACCUUCAGAACCACUUCGCCGACGAGGAGAGAAGCAAGUACGACUACCUCAUGAUUCUUCGCAGGGUUGUGAAUGAGAGCACCGUGUGCCUCAUGGGGCACGAACGCAGGCAGACCCUGAACCUCAUCUCUCUCCUGGCCUUGCGUGUGCUGGCAGAACAAAACAUCAUCCCCAGUGCCACCAAUGUCACCUGUUACUACCAGCCAGCUCCUUAUGUCAGUGACGGCAACUUCAACAACUAUUACGUUGCUCACCCUCCAGUUACCUACAGCCAGCCUUACCCUACAUGGCUGCCCUGUAACUAACCCAAGACCUGAGGGUUUCCACAGUGGGAACCCAUUUAGGGCAGGGGCUCUCAGGUAGGAGAGCCUCUUUCUAGAUGUAGGAGUUUGGCUUUUAAAGGGGAACUCAGCUCUGACUCUGUUUUUCUUUGUGUACCCAGUGGAAUAGGUCCACAGACUAUCGUGAGCCAACCCUAAAAGGACCCAUAGUACAGUGCCACUCUGGGAGAUGCAAUAGGAAGCGUGACUUCUCACCAUCUUUCUAAGAUAGUCACUAACACGUCACUUCCCAGACAUUAGCACAUGGGAUCUGAGCUCGGCACAGUCUCUGAGAUUGGGAGAGUUGGACAGCAUAUGAGAAGCGUUCUAGGCGCUCUCCACAGCCGAGUCCGCGGUAGCCCCUGCAGGCUCUCUCACUGAGGAUUCUCGGCAGUCAUGUGGAAGCUGGGCUGAUAGUCUCUCACUGUGUCGAUUUUAGUCAGCUCCCCAAACUGAUAAAACACGAGGGUGCUCUUUGUGACUGAACCUUCACUCACGGGACUAAGUUGUGUAUGUCUAGUCCCCAUCGGCAGAGCUGAGAAUUUCAUUCAUCAAUAAACCAAAGCCAAUAGCUGGAGACUUGAGAUCUGGUUGGAAGUGGUUUAUGGUAUAUGCUGUGCUUUAUCAAGGAAUUAUGAGAUAUUGUGGAGAAAAAAAAUGACCUUUUUCUUGAAAUGUAACUUGAAAACAAAAUAAAAUGUGGAACAUAAUGUUAAAGUAGAAUUGUGGUGGAGGGGCGGUGAUUGUCAAUAGGAAACACGGAUGUUUUGGUUUUGGUUUUUUCAUUUUGUUUUUUCUUUAAGGAAUUCUUACUGAAUGAUAUGUCCCCCCCCCGCCCCACCCCCAUUGACUCUCUGAGGACUGACUUGUUUGCUCUUCCUGAGUUAGGAGAGCAUUGUGCCCGGAGUCACUGUCAUGACUGACGUGAAGUUCUUCCUAUGUUUUAAUUGGAAGCCCAUUUGGCACAUCUUUCCCAAUAUGAAAAAGAUUUUUGCUGGAGUCCAGUGACUGUUCUUCACCAAUCCCUUCGAAAGUAGCCAUUGCAUUCUGCAGAGAGUUUCCGUGGCAGGAGAAUGCAGGGACUUCAGGAGAAGAGAGUGGCCAGUGGAGCCAUUCUAGGAUUCCACUUCCUCCAAGUUGUAGGGGACUAAGGGUUUAGUGUCAAGUCUGGCCCUGGGUGUUCUAGCUGCCAAGGCUCUUUGAUAUCUGGUAUACCUAGGGAAGAGUUCAGAGAGCCAAGAAUGAUCUUCCUUAUUCUGUAGAUUUAAGCAUUAUUAUAUUUCUGUUCUGAACUUUGGAAGGAAAACAGUGUUAAUUGCUGGCCCAAAGCAAGCAGUCCACAGGGAGGGAUCUAGGUGACUAUGGUUUUACCUAGUGGGUUCAGAAGAGAGAUUUAGAUUUCCCUGUUUUGAAAUUUUCUGUGGGAUAUUUUAGAAUGCAUCGCUGUUAGGGUAUCUGGGAGAAAGAUUCAGUGUUGCCAGCAAGCUUGAUUUCUAGAGUGAUUCCAUCAAAUCCAUGAUCUCAAUUGCUACUUUCUUCAGUGGCCGUAAAAAUCCAAAGAUCCAAACGAUUGCUUUGUAUCUCUCUAAGCAAUCUAGUUUUCCUUAUGCAAAAAAGCUGUAGUAAAAAUUAAGUGGCUGACCUUUUUCUAGUGCUGUGUUUUCAAGUUGCUUCUGGAAUGUGCUAUAUUAGUCCCUGUAAGAGUUGAUCCAAAUGUAUCUUCACUGCAGCCAUGUUACAUUAGGUCACCAGAAGACUUAGUAUAACUAGUUUCUAUUGCCCAUUGAAUCUUAGGUUUGAAUUCAUUGGCUUUAGGUUUUGUGAGGGGGACCUGAACUGUUUUGGGGUUAAAGGAAGGAAAUGAAAAACGAACCCAACUUUGAGAACUAUUGGUCAUCCAUGACCUUAAAAGGCUACAGUUGUAAUCAAAGGGGAACAUGUUUGCACAGAACUAGGUUUGCCCAAUCAAAGCUUUUGAAGUGUGUUGGAGCCUCCCUCAAUGUAAGCACUUGCUAAUAGAAGAGGAAAUCAAGACUGUUUCAGCUGACAAGUUUUGGGGACAAUUAAGGCACUGGAAAAUUUCUGGCAUCUUCUUGGAAUUCUUUCUGCUUUAUAUAUAUAUACAUUUUUCCAGUCUGGCCAUAGUUGUCUUCUGAGGAUGGAGAGAGGAGACACAGAAGUUGUAAACCACUGCUGGAUGAUGGUGCCCUUGAUAGGUUCUUUUUAGUUUGCCUAGCUGUUUUGUGGUUGGAGAAUUGAUGUGUGUUCUAGAACCAUUAUAAUGAAAAGUUGUGUUAACCAAAGCUCCCUUUUUAAGAUACGAGCCCUGGUUUGUGGAUCUCUGGGCUAGAGUUGUCCCUACCUGCUCUGUGCAAGCCUUCUGCCAGACCAGAAACAGGCUAGGUAACCUUGCACUUCAGAUGUCAGGAAGUUUUAUCUGAAACCUGCCUUUUGUGCUACUCACGUAUGCACCAGACACCGUUGUACUGAAUCCAGUUGUGUGUGUGUGUGUGUGUGUGUGUGUGUGUGUGUAAUGUGAAACCUGGCCUUGGCAGAGGGCACUGAAGGGCAAGAGCAGGCUGUAGCCUAAAUGGAAGCAGUCUUUCAUUUGCUCUUUUUUUUUUUUCCUUUGGAACUCAGGUCUGCUUUCUGAGUUGGUGUUCCCAUUCUAUUUCUCAGUCAGGGGCAGCUGGUCUGAAAACAGCAUCUUUACCCUUGAGCGUGCAGAUGCACACUCUUGGUUUUUGGCUUAGAGCUUCAAGCUUGCUCUUCAGCCUUACCGUGGUAGAAAGAUGCUGUUCCUUGGUCAAUCAUUGCAAUGUGGUGAUGAGGCUAACUUCUCAUGCCUCUAAGUCAGAUUUCUGGUGACUGCCUUUGGGGUGAGGCAUGGCCUACACCUGGGCCUGCCAGCUGAGUGGAGUUGAAUAGGGAAGAUUGUUGGUUCUUGAUGGGUUUUUUGUUGUUGUUGUUGUUUGUUUGUUUUUUCUUUGGCUUUCCAGUGUUUUCUCUCUCCUGUCUAACUUAAUUUGGAACUUGUGUCAUAGUGAUAUGCGUGUGUGUGUCUGUCUGUGCUUUGUGGUAAUGCAGUAGUCAUUGCCUCACUAAAGCCCAGAGUCUGCUCUCCUUCCAACUGACCUCUGAGAGUGCUAGCCCCUUUCUUCAUGGUUGGCCAGGAUUUUGCCCAGUACAGCUCAGUCUUGGAAAAUGGCACCACUCAUAAUGAGCUUUGGGAGCAGCUGCCUUCUAGUGAUCUUUCUGGUACUGGGACCCUGUUUCAGGAUGCUGCUAGUCUUAGCUCAAGGGCUUCCUGUAGAGGCUGGAUUAAAGUAUAGUUAUCUAGGGAUGAGGCAGGCAGCCCUGACGCCCACCCCUGCCCCUGGCAUUACUUCUUGAGUAUUUAACAGGGUUUAUACUAGGGAAAACCCUUGGAGGUGAUUCUAUAAAUUGAAAGAUUUUCUAAUUUUCAAAGUUGGAUUUACAUCACUAAUCUGAGACAGAAUUUCCCAGCUGACUUUGGAAUGCAGUCUAAAUUAACCAGUUGGAUCCAGAGAGAGGGUAGAGGAGAGAUUCUUAAAAAGUCCAGGCAACCUCUCAGGGUUAUUUGUGCGGCUCUCUGAGGGAAAAAAAAAAGUUGUUUUUUUGUUUUGUUUUUGUUUUAAUUCAAGUGCCUACAUCUUGUUUACCUAUCACUUAAAAGAAUACUUUUAAAGUAUAAGCUUCCAGAGUUUUGAGUUCUAGAGUUUUACCUGGCUAGUGAGAUUUGGUGCAAAUUCUCAUGUGUGUUUAUGUAGGAAGGUGAGUUGACCAUCCACUGAAGAGGAUGGAGCUAGUUAACAUGAUCUUUGGUCUUUACAAAAGAGAAUCUAGCUAUCUGGCCUGUGUGUGUGUGUGAAAAUUUGAUUUUCCUGAAGCAUCUAUUUCCAAAUUAAUAUGGAUGAAAAGUAAAACUUCCAUUGGAUUCAAUUAGAAGCUCUUCCUUCUGUCUUUGCAUAGGCUUGAACUGUUCCUUAGCAGUGCCUAGAGAUACGGGGUUCCUCCUUGGUACCAGUCACUCACCUUCUUACGUGGCGCAAAUGAGAUUUCUUAUCAGUGCAAAUGUAUUAGGACCUGAUGGAAUAAAGCUUUCAGUUUGAGAAAUAAAGGUAUAUUUAAAAGUGUAAAAAAAA